GUUUGCGGCACGUCUCUGCGCACAUGACUUUGCUCCAAAGCCAUGCCCCUCGCAGCCUCAGGAGGCCCAAAGGUGACACAUUUUCCUGCAAAGCAGAGGAUGACACCGAGCGUGGCAGUAAGGACUUGGCGAUCCAAGAGGUCCGUCCUGGAUUUGUACCAUCGUUGAAGCCGUUACCAUUGGAGCGGAACACCCUUCAUGUGACGAGUCGCAUGGGUCUUGCCGGGUUCAUCCCUGGCGCAGCUGUUCAUAUAGUGGCAACGAUGGCUGGUCUGGUUCCUUUCACCAUGGGUUAUACAGUGGGCAAGUUAUGGAGCCUGGCAGGGUGCAAGCUCGCUGACUCCCCAAGCUUUAAGGCUGGGUGCUAUAGCCUCCUCUUUGCCAAUGGCAUUUUCCCCACGGUGCUUUAUGACAAAAACGGUCAGUUGGUGCCGCUGAUUGAUGUAGAUGAUCGAGAGACUCUGCUGAGGUCAACUCCAUUUAUGGUGGCAAACCAUAUCAGCUACCUCGAUGCACUUGUUCUACCUUUAGCACUGCAAAUGCCUAAGUUCAUGUCCAUGGCGAGUGUGCGGAACUAUCCACUCUUUGGAACUUUGGGUGAAGACUUAGACUUCGUUUGGGUGAACCGCGGCUCCAAGGGUUCCCGUAGCGAGGCGGUACAGGCCAUUGAUGCCCACGUCCAGGCCUGGAAACCUGGAGAGCGACCCUUGGUGAUUUUCCCGGAGGGCACAACUUCCAAUGGAACAUCGCUGCUGGAUUUCAAGCAAGGUGCAUUUAUGUCAGGGGCGCCAGUGCGACCGGUUCUGCUCAAGCAUACUGGUUCCUGGGACCCCGCUGUGACUGAUUAUUUGAUGACAGAAGAUGGGGCGCGGGUCUUAUACAGCGAUGGUGAAUGGGCAAUGAAUUUUUGGGCAAACCUUCUGCAUAGCUGUACAGUCCUGGUUUGCGAGCAUUACAUACCAUCAGCAGAAGAGAAGGCUGAUGCCAGUCUUUACGCCAAAAACGUGCGGCAAUACAUGUUGGAGAAGCAUCGAGAGCUAGAGUUGGUGUGUAAAACUUCCCGCGACCAGGUGGAUACUGUUCUGCGGGAGUGGCGACAACGUCUGCAGCUCCAAAGGCGCUUCGUUGCGGAGGCUCUGGAUGCUCCGAAGACACGCCUCAGGAUGCGCUUGACUAAGCGGCACCAGCGAAAUCUUCAGGGUAGAGCUUUGGAGAGUUAAGCACACAAAAAGUGGCUUUUGCAUGUUGUGCCACAAGUGGCUGCAGACCCGACAGCCAAGAAUCUGGAAGAAAAUGCAGUGAAAAAAUGAACGCAAGAAACCUCUGGAAAAUGUUGAAGCAU